AUGGCUGCCGCAUCUUCUAAAAAGCCUUCUAAAACGCCCUCUAAAACUCCUAAAAAGAAGGACACGGUUGAGGUGGUGACUGUGGAUGAGGCGGAGGCGGAUGGAGAUGAGAAGGACGAGGGAGAAGGCGAAGUGAUCGAAGUGGAAGUGGAAAAGAAGCCAGAGGAUGAAAGUGGUUUCGACCUCGUGAGAAACUUAAAGCACAAACCAGAAAUCAUUGCGGUUCGGGUUUUACGCGCAUUCCGUUCGAUCAAAAUUCGUCAAAAUAAAUGGCGUCCCGUCCACCACAACUUGGAGGGCGAGAAUAUCGAGAUCAGCGCGUGUAUUGCCAAUGGAUCAUUUGGACUAGUCUUUCGCGCCGAGAAUUUAGAUACCCGUAUUGGUGGAAAAACAGGUCGAGAAUAUGCUAUCAAAGUUGCGAACCUAAGAUUGGAUACGGAUGAUCAUAACCUCGAACCCGUUAACAUGGGUUCGGAUCACAGUCCUACUCUUACAAAGAGCAGUGAGGCUCACAUUAUCGACCCGAGAGAAAUGACCAAGUUGAGUCUACGUAGCAAACGGGCGAACGAACUGAGGACAAGUCUUCAGUAUAUUAAAUCGGGACAUCCGAAUGUAUGUAACCUGGAGGGAUGGGCGGAUCUUAAUAUUUUGAGAAACCACUUCUCUUUGUUCAUCCUAGAAUUUUGCGAUAUGGGAACUCUGUUUGAAAUGGUCAAAACUUCUGAACGAACAUCGAAUUACAUACCCGAAGGAUUUAUCUGGCACGCGUUCGAGCAAUUGCUCGAUGGUCUUACAUUUCUUCACGGCGAGCAUCCAGCUUAUAAGGAUCUACCUGAAUUUCGAGGACGGAAUCGCUCCACCAUUCUUCGUGAUAUUAAACCAAACAACAUCUUCCUCCAAUCGCCUCCUCCAGGUUCUCCCGACAAAACAUAUCCUAAUCUCAAAUUGGCCGAUUUUGGCGAGGCCAUACAUCUACCUAUUGGCGGCACCCGGGAUUUUUACUUUGGAAAUAGUACCUGUGAUCCACCCGACGAUUUAAUGAGCGCCAAAUUUGAUGUUUGGUCGUUGGGCGUCCAGAUGUAUUUCAUGGCGAAGGCAGGUGAGUUCCCAAACAACGGAUGCGGUGAUAUCCGCGAUGUAUGGGGCCGAAUGGAUGCCGCGCGGAAAAAAGAGGUAGCGGCCGCGAGAAGUGAUCCUAAUCGAUUUGAGAUGAUUGAUGAUCAUUUGACGAUGAAUUUAUACCGAGAGAUCCGAUGGGUGAUGGAUCUUGAUCGAGAAAAGAGACCGACUGCGCUACAAGCAUGGAACCGUGUCAAAGUCAGGAACGAACAGAGGAAGAAAUUGAUGUAUCGCGCACUACCAGAUUGGGUGCAGAUAAAAGUCAACCGAGUAUUCCAGCCGUUGGAAUUGGUAGAUGUAGAGUUUCGGAUUCAGCAAGCGGAGGACGAGGGGUUCCUGUUCAAGUAUGCGGGCGGACUUCCUUUCAUGAGAAGAACGAGGGAUAGGAAUAGAACACGGAGAGCACUUGCGAGGGAGAGGGAGGCGGCGGAGGAAAUGAAAGCGGAGCGAUUGCGCCAGUUCAACAAAGAGUCGCUGGAAGAUGCAAGGAUGUUGGCAGAUAGGAGAAGGAGACAGAUGAUUGAACAAGAGGAAAUAGCCAAGAUUGAGAACGAGAGGAAGAGGUUGGGGGGUUGGUUGCAGCCUGAUAUGAAGAGGAGGAGAUUGGAGAGCCUUCUGAAGUUGAAAUCGUAUAGGAGUAAGGAGGGCGAGGGGGAGGAUGAUGAGGAGGUGGGAUAUACAUAUAAUAGCAUUACCGAGUUUUCCAUUCGUGAUAUUUUACCCCGUAAGUUAUUCUUCGACAGACAACUUUCUGAGCAUACUACCGAGAUCCUAGAAGAGACCUCGUCAACUAAAUCCUCGGUAGGAAAAUGA